AUGGCUAGCUUACGCUUUGCAUUGUUGGUUUUGUGGAUUUGUCACAAUGGCGUGCAUGGUCAAUGUCUCAACAAAGGAUUCUUAUGUGUUAUGGGUGUUGUCAACAUGACCUCUGAUGGAGGAGCAAAGCUUCGCAAAACCAUUGAUAUUGAAGGUGAAGCGAUUCCAAUAGUAAUCGAGAAACUAAUUGUGAGUAAUACAGCUUCCGGUCCAUUUCUGCAGCGUAUUGGAGCAUUCACAGAUGGCAUCAUGUAUAGAAAUUAUCGAGAUGCAGUGUUUCAACUGCCAGAAGGCAACACAAUCUCGGAUAUUGACAUCAAUGGCUCUGGAAUGAUGCGAUCGUUUGUGGCAGGACUAAACAGCAAUUUAAAAACGCUGAGCAUAGAAAAUGGUCUGCUAGAUCGUGUGCCUCCGACUCUUGCUAAAAUGACCAUUCUGGAAACUCUGACCAUAAACUGGUGUUCGUUAACAGGAUUGCGUCUGGAUGUGUUGGUUGAAAAUCACAAGCUAAUUUCAUUAGAUCUGUCGUACAACAAAAUACGACAAAUAUUUCCAGUUACUUCAACUCCCAGGAAAAUGUUGUCCAUCUUAUAUUUGCAUCUUGCAGCUAAUCAGUUAGAAAUACUGGAUGUAUCGAUGUUUGCUUUUAUGCCAAGUUUGGAGCGCCUAAUUGUAUCAGGCAAUAACAUAGUGCGCGUAGAAGCUACGACCCCAGUGACAUUCGUCAACCUGACUGGAUUCGAAUUGGAAAUGAACAAAAUCUCAUCUAUGCAUUUGGAAAAUCUUGUCCUUCCGAAGCUAAUUACUUUCAACAUGGAUGAAAAUGCACUCACAGAAAUCCCGUCACUUUCAGGAGAUUCAUUCCCAAAGCUAAAACGUAUCGGAAUGAGUGAAAACGCUUUGAAGCAUGUUGACCUUAGCAUGUUCCAAUCGUUUGCUGAAUUGGAAGGAAUAUAUUUUACCCACAAUCAGAUAGAAUCUGUUCGCGCGACUACUCCAUUCGUGCUGUCAAAACUCGUAACACUGUCAUUUACCAACAAUCGGAUCACUUCCUGGAAUAUGAGCGGAUGCGACUUUCCCAACAUGUAUGAGUUGAUGUUGAAUAGCAACAAGCUUACUACAAUUCCGCCAGUAUUUCAACGGUAUACUAAUGUUCGUUUGUCAAUUAAUGCAAAUCCCAUUCAGUGUAGUAGCAUGACAACUUUCUUGAGCAAAAUUACUGAAAAACGGCUUUUUGUGACCACUGUCAGUGCGAGUCAAAAAUGUGCCACCUCAUCUUCAGUAACUAUCGAUAAAAAUUUAGCGGCAUGCUGUGUGGCAUAA